AGUCUUCGUGCAGGUCAAGCUAGGCUAACGCCGACUGUUGUCAGGUUGUAUUUGUUGCCUACCUGCACAACAAUAACUCAGCACCAACAUGCCGUUCAGUGCCGACUCAAUGAAACCUCCGCUGCAUGACCAAAUAACGGAGAUGCAGCGUAAAAUACAACUUCUUGAGGGCGACAGAACUGCGUACUAUGAGAGCUCUCAGUCCACUAUCAAGAAGAACCGAGAAACCAUCCGCCAGCUGAGGCAGGACAACAAGAGGCUGUGCAGGAAAAUGGCAGAAGUAAACGCUGGGGAUGCAACUAUCAUCAAAGUGGCCUUUCAGAACAGAGGGUUUGAGAAGGAUGCCUACCGCAACAUGUCAGGGAAGGCAGCCCUGACCACGCUCGACCAGAGAGUGCUGUCCAAGACGAAGCGUCUCAACGCCCUUAAACACACCACCCAGACCUUCCAGUGCCGCCUGGAUGAGCUGAAGAAGGAAUACCAGAGGAGUAAACCAGAGGGCAGCAGUGGAGCAGUGUCUGCCGACGCUAGAGCUCGGAAAAAAGAGGAAGAUGCCAUGAAACUGCGGGCGCUGGAGAACAGUCUGGAAAAGACUCAGUUUAAGUGCAAGGAGGCCGAGAACAUCAUGAUUAACUAUCAAAAGCUCAAAAGUCACCUGCAGGAUGAGAGUCUGACAUUCCAGGGCCAGCUGGACAGUCUGGAGGCAGAGAUCCUGAAGCACAGAGAGGAGCUUCACGACAUGCAGAUCAUGAACAGCAACGCUCAGCUCUCCAAGGAAGCUGCUAAGGCUGACUUGCAGCAGCUGGAGGAAUGUCUCUGCAAGGAGCGCAAGGAGAGAGAGCGUAUUAUAGCAAGCUACAGGAAGAAGGUAGAGGAGCGCAAGGCCCAGGCUGAAAAAACCGAUAGAAGGGCUCAGAGAACAGCAAUGCAGCCCGACGAGCUGAGCAGCGAGGCUCAGCGCAGCAGCCCCAGGAUAGCAGGCGAACAGGAGAAGGUCAUCUCCACUUUUGAGGAGGCAUUCCGACGCAUCAAGGAGGCCACGGGAGUCACAGACAUACAGGAGAUAGUGGAGCGCUUCAUCUCACAGAAGGAGACACACCAGCAUCUGGAGAAGCUGAAGGGAGAGAACGAGACGGUGCUGCAGCAGCUGAAGGAGCAGAAGGAGCUCCUGGACCAACAGUUCCAGGACAUGAAAUACUCGGGAGAGGCUGAACUCUCGAGUGACAGACAGUCGCUGGAGGAGUGUGAGCUGCAGCUGCAGGCUCAGCAGCAGAGGUGUGAUGCAGAUAAGGAGCGUCUGGAGUGGCUGGUGAAAGCCCUCAGUACUGUGCAAGCCGGAGUGGAGCACCUCGCAGACAAACUUCAACACAUCACGCUGAGAGAGGACACGGUGUCUGAAGUGUCUCCAGACUCAGAUGAGUUUGUGCUAGUGCUGAUGACCCAGUGUGAGCUGAAGCUGAAGUUGCUGCACGAGGAGCUUCGAGGAAAGGAUGUGUCUGCUAUCAUGAAGGAGAUGGAGGAAGAGGAAUUCUAUGUCAGGAUUGAGGGAAAGCUGCCAGAGUACAACACCCGCGUCAAGCUGCCUGAGGACCAGAGGCUGGACUUCUUCAAUGACGAGGACGACAGUGAAGAGGACGAGGCUGACGUCAUGUCUCGCGAGGCACUGAAGCGCCAGUCUCAGAUGAUCAUUGAGUCCAAGUCCAAGAAGAAGCCCUGGAAGAAGAAGGGCAAAUUCUGAUCGCUUCAGUGUCAGGACUCAGGUUUCAAAUCGCUAUAUUAAUGUUUCACCGCUCAAGUGAAAAUUAUUAUGUGUUGCUACAAAUCUUUGACAAAUACAAAUGAGAUGAUAUAUUUUUAGAAAUGAAUUAUUAGCCCAAUUAAAAAGCUCUACGAUGAUUUUUGUUUAAAUAUAUGUUAGUACCUUUGAAAUAUGUUGUGUAAGUGUGUGUUUUGACAACAGUAAGGUUCUCUGUUGUUACACAAACGAUUGGUCCUUUGCUUCUAUUCCCAGUGCACAAGUCCACACUCUGCAUGGUAACCUAAUAAAGAAAAUACAAAUAUUG